UAUCUGUCUGGAACCACAUCAUCCAUAAUCAUCAUGAUGCCACCUACAACAUCCCCUGUUCCUCACAUCCACCUUCUCUGCAUGGACGAACAGUUCAUCCAUGCCUUCCAAUCCGUCCUGUCGACGGCCAUCACAUCUCCCCAAUUUCCCAAAAUCACUUUUCACAACUGUUCCCUCUCCUACCUUCCCCCAAGCAUUCAAUUCGACGCCAUCAUCUCCCCUGCCAACUCCUACGGCCGGCUAGACGGUGGCUUCGACGACGCCAUAUCACGUGCCUUUUCCCCAACGGCAGACUACCUCGCGUUGACCCGCCACACGCAGGGGAUUCUCUACCGCGACUAUCGGGGCUAUUUACCUCCGGGAUCAUGUACCCUCAUCCCCAUCCCGGAGGAGUUUGGCCCUCGGUCGAAGAAUGUCUGGGGAACAAGGUAUUUGGCGCUCUGUCCGACCAUGAGAGUGCCGCAAAAUGUGCGCUGGGAUCGGGAGAUUGUGUAUGAGUGUAUCUGGAGCUUGUUGUGCGCCGUCGACAGACAUAACUGGGACGUCGAGAGGAGAACAGAUGGAGCAACGAGGAUUGAUAGUCUCUUGAUGACCCCGUUUGCGACGGGGUGUGGGCUUGUCUCGCCUGAGAAGUGGGCCAGGCAGAUUGUUCUGGCUCUGAAUCAUUAUGUCGAUGCUGUGCAGAACCCGGAAAAGUGGUCCAAUUUGGAUCUGGGUCAGGCCAUGGAGUAUUCGAAUGAGGUGGCGAGGACUUGGGAGUUAUAGUCGGAUAUUGGAAGGUUUAUAUUUGACGCCCAAGGGGGCGAUAAAUGACGAAGAUGAGGAAGAUGUAUUGGGUAAUAUGGAAAUAGGAUGGUCGCACUCCGUUGAGGGUGUAUAGCUGGAGACAAUAACUGGCAAGAGGAAGCCAAAUAAAAACGAUAAUGAAACCGAUGAAUUGGGUGUGUGGAGAUGAUGCGUUCAACCUUCAUCAUUCGUUGAUGGCAUAUAUUCGAAGGUCCUCAUCGGCAGGAGUGAUCGAACAAUAAUAUUCAAAAUAGACGAAGAAUAACUCAUCAGUCUCUGUGGAUAAUACGUUCACGUUCACCUCUUGAUGAAGUAUAUUCAAAAAGUAUCAAGGACAGGAGGAAUCAUUGUGAGGAUGAUGAAGAUGCACUGGGCC